CGUGAAAAAGAUCCGACAACAGGUCUUGAAUUGAUAUCGCAGACGGUUCUUAGAAAGUACAUAAUGUAUGCGCGGGAAAAUGCGACGGGGUCAGUUGCGAUAACAGUGCGUCAUGUGGAAUCGCUGAUUCGCUUGGCCGAGGCGCAUGCAAAAAUGCAUCUUCGCUCGUAUGUUUGUGACGAGGACGUCGAUGUUGCAGUGCGCGUGAUACUUGAAUCCUUCAUAAGCACACAAAAGGCAUCAAUCAUGCGCCAGAUGAGGAGGAACUUCGACAGACAUCUUAAUUUCAAUCGUGACCACAAUGAAUUGCUUUUGUAUCUUCUUAAACAGUUAGUGAAGGAUCAGUUGCAUUAUGAGCGAGCACGCCAUGCCGACGAGGCUUUGACGACUGUCGCUGUUGCAGAAUCUGAUUUUAUCGAAAAAGUAUCUUUUCUGUUCCGAUUUCCAUUGAAAACACGUUUUGCAUCGUGUGUAGAGAUGAAUUUUACUGCAUAA